AUGUCGACCGAACCCGGGCAGUCUGCACUUGGUGGCACUAAGGAACCUGCUUCCGAUGAUGUAUACGAACAACCACAAGCUCCAUCGGAGCUGACCAACACAGAUGAUCUUGAGCCUGGCGAGUUCAAUGUGGAGAACAUUGAAAGAAUUUACAGAAAACUUGACUGGCGCAUUAUUCCCGCAUUUUGGGUCCUGUACUUCAUGUGCUCGGCCAUUCGAUCAAACAUCGGCUUGGCGCAGACCAUGAACGAGGAUUCGGGACACGACCUUGCCAGUGUUCUACAUCUAAAUAAUCACCAGAUUUCGACUGGUCUGGCUCUUUUCUAUGUUUGCUAUGUCGUCUUUGAUUUGCCGUCCAACCUCGUCAUGACCCGCCUGAGUCCGCAUGUGUGGAUGAGUCGUAUUGUGAUUAGUGUCGGUCUUAUCGGGACAUGUCUGACAGCAAUGAAAGCCGCCUGGAGCUUUUAUCUUCUUCGUCUAUUGCUUGGUAUUGUCGAAGCCGGCCUGUGGCCUGGCAUGACCUAUUAUCUCACCCUUUUCUACCCGCCUUCUCGCAUCGGCAAGCGUAUUGGACAGUACUUUACCGCAGCACAAGUAUCGGCAGCUGUUGUUGGUCUCGUCUCCGCUGGAUUCCAGAAGAUGGACGGUAUGCGAGGCUACGUCGGAUUCCAGUGGAUGUUUCUGGUAUAUGGUGUCCUUACCAUUGCUCUCGGCUUCGCCCAGUUAUGGUGGCUGCCAGACCGACCUGUGGCUCCUGGCGAGUCUGCUCCUGAACGCCAUCGGCUUCUCCGUUGGCUGCCAGAAAGCCCCCCUGCGUUGGUUGGUAGGGAUGCGGUCAUCCACUAUCAUGAUAUGAAACGUGUCUACCACAACUCGAAGUGGAACAUGCGGGAUCUUCUGCAUGUAUUCAUGGAUUGGCGACUGUGGCCCUUGCUGAUCAUGUAUUUCGGAGUUGUGGGUGUGGGGAUUGGUGUGCAGCUGUACGCCAACUUGAUUAUCCAAGCCAUCAACCCGUCCUUGAGUAGCAUUGACGUGAGCCUGCUGACUGCUCCUAUUUGGAUUAUGGAUCUCAUCGCUAUUCUUCUGGUCACACCGUUUUCCGAUCGUUUCCACCGCCACCGCGCCCUUUUCUUCUCCAUUCCCGUUCUUCUGCAGAUCCUAGGCUUGCUUUUGACUAGCUACGCUGGCACCGACGCGAACCCCUGGCCCCGUUAUGGUGGCCUUCUCAUUGUAGGGUUCGGUCUUGGUCCUACUGUACCCAUCACCAUGACGUGGACUGCAGAGAUCUUCCAGCCACGCCACGGCGAGGUCGGUGUGGCUGCUGCUUCCGCUGUGGUUUCGGGAUGGGGCAAUCUUGGUAGCAUUCUGACAACGUAUGCCUUGUACUCUGGAUGGAAGAGCGAUUACGAUGCCCCUGGACGGCAGAAGUACCGCAAGAGUAAUCUGGUGAUGGUGGGUAUCCUGAUUGCUAGUAUCCUCUCCGCGGUGUUGAUGGAAAUUCUUCUUCGGUUUGUGGAUGGCCGAUACCGCCAUACUGAGGAAGAGAUGGAAAAUGAGGUGAUUGAUGGGGCCGCUCGCCGAGAGGUCCAGCAGCGAGGACUUCAUGGCUUGGGCUCUGGUAUGACGCGGUGGUUCAGACGUGACAUGGCGAGCAAGGCUGGUCAUGUGUGA